CUAUAUAAAUGCAAUAGCAUAUAAUCCUCCCUGCUCCUCUUUCCCAUCUUCUUCCCAUCCUCCUACCAUCCACUCUCCCUAUUCCAACCCUAAUAUAAAAUCUUAUUAUUGUAUUGUUGUUAUCUGCUUUCUUAGACAAUCCUCUUGUCUCUGCCUCAUCCUUAUCAUUCUAAUACAUACAUACACAUACAUACAUACACAACGUAUACCUUUUUUUUUUUGCCCUAUCUUAUUCCAUUCUAUUCCUAGACUCUAUUUUAGCAACAUCCCAUCCCAUCCUAUCUAUCCUUAGGGGCAUACUACUAUAUCCACGUUAUCCACACACACACGCACACACACACAUGCUAAGCCAUCCAUCUAAACAAACAGCGUUUAUUCUCUCUCUUUUUUUUUCUUCUUCUUCUCUCUUUUCUCCCAAUCAACUCCUAUCCCAAAUAUCAAAAGUGCUCCCCUGACUCAAUAACUUAUAUCUUUACAUUUCCCCUCACCGCCUCACGAAUUUUUUUUUAAGAGGGAGGGGGGGAUAUUUCAAACUGCAAAGCCACAUACACGCACGUUCCCUUCUUUCCCUUAUUCCCCCCCGGGAGAGUCGGGUGGGUUCCAUAGUUUUUACAUGGUUCUUGGCGCAGCGCUACAACAAUGUAUGUACAUAUGCACGCACGCCUCAUUUGUUGGGCGUCAAUGAUAUGUAAACAAAGAUAAAAAACAAGGUAAACAAACAAACAAACAAUUGUCCAUCUAACCCAACGCGCGCGCGCGCCUUUCCCACGCGCAGAAGAGCUAGAAAAGAGUUUGGGAGACGGGUACACGGGUACCCUAAAGCUAGAGUACAUAUGCAAUUGCGGGUAAGUAGGUACAUGAUGGUAUGUACCUAGGGAGAGUAGCGUACCAGACCUUUGAGGUGCAGAUACAAACGUCGAUACGACUGCGACUAACAAGUAGACCACACAUUCCAUAGUUAUAAUUAUAGUUCUUAAAUUUAAAAAGAUAGAUAAUAAUUUCAAACGCACUUUUUUCUUUGCGCGAGAAAAGUGAAAUGGUUUUUUAUUUUUUUACCUUGUUCAAUUAUGUUCGUGAGAUUGAUGGCACGGGGCAUGGGGAGAGAGGUGGUGAGUCAGAACUACGUGAAGGAAUGGAUGGGCGCGAAAAAAAAAAACAUGUACACGAGUCAAACCCACGUGUACAUUUGUCCCCGGAUCCCGGUUUUCGCUUGCCUCAUGGUCUUGCUCAUGCUAUGACGAUGUUUUUGUCUUUGUCCGUUGGCUAG